AUGAGUGACGCUCUCUGUGGACCCUCGAACGCGCUUCAGAACUUUCAGAAACAUGCCUCGACCGAUCGGACCCUUCAGCAGGAUAGGUUGACUUCACGGCAGGCACCCUCUCAGGGGUUCCGAAAUCACAAUCCCAGCACAGGCGUCCUUGACCCCGAGUUCGCUGCUUUCGAGUCCAAUCUCGCGCCUGCACCACUUCGCGAUCUCCAACAUCCGGCUCAUUUCGCCGCCCCCGCGCCUCAAUUCCCCCUCGCCGGUCCCGCAGAAUCGCCGAAUUGGGCGACCGACUUUCAAAGACUGAACAUCGCGGGCCCAUCGGCAGUACACCAUCAGCAACUUAACGUAUCGCAUGCGCCGCUCCCCACCGUCUCCCAACAGGGCUGGCACAAUGAGUUUCUUCAGCACCAACAUCAACAACAGCCCACGAUGCAACAAGAUCGCCCACUCGCUCACACCGAAGACUUCGAAUCCUCAUUCAGGCGCGGGGACAGAAGAAUGCACCUCCUGAGAUUCCACCCCCGGCACGCGACACCCGCUCCCCAACUAUCCUCAGCAGCACCAACAACAACAACAGCAGCACCACCAACCGCAACCUUCGACGAAUCCGCCUUCGAGGCCGCCUUCGCGCAGGCCAGCGCAGCGAUAGCAUCAUCCCAAGAGACGGCGACCGAGACCGUCGCCGCAGAAGAAACAACCACCACGCCUCAACAAGACACCGCCGCCGACCUCACAACCGAAGAACAGGCCCCGAUCGAGCAAAUCAAGAUCGGCUCCGACACCAUCCCGCCCACGGAGAAGAGCACCGACCCCCAAGCGCAAGCCCACGACGCCGACGCGCUCGCGCGCACGGCCGGCCAGCUCGUCGACAGUCUCAAGCACGACACCAGCCAGAAGUUCCGGGAGAGUAACUUCCUGGCGCUGAUGCGGCGCAUCCGGGAUCGCGAGGUGGAGAUCAAGGGGGAAGAAUUUCAAGAAGUCAGUAGUACCAGUUCGUGA